CCCUGCCCACUGCCGCAGUCUAGUUAAACAGUUACCCUUCCCAUCCCACAAUAAAACAUCAUACCCCAUUCACCAUACGCGUCCCCCUCGGUCUUCCAAUGCUCCGUCAUCCGCGGUAGACGUACCAAACCCUUCCAAAGACCCGACCCGAACCCUUCAUAGCGUAUGAUGCGCCACCGAAAGGCUCGAUCCAGCCGUCGUCAGCGUAGCGAUCCAGCCCAACCGUAGUAUUCUUACUCUUAUAUCAAGUCCCGAACGCCGCCUCCACUAGCUCCGAACGAAUGCUUCUCACUCCUCGAACCUACGCCCUCGCACAAAUCCCCGACGAGGGUCGCAAAGAAGCAGAGCCUUCCUAUUUCCUCCUGACUCCCUCGCGAAAGGAGCUGUUCCACGAGGAGCAACGCGCACGAAGGAUGCUGCUGCUGCACCAGACCGGCAACGUCAAGGUCGGAGAGGUCGUCCGAUAUACGGUCACAUAUACCCCCUCCGAAGACCGAAUACUACCUUCUCCCCCCUUUCUAUAUGUCAAAAUACGAAAUGGCGCUGCAAUCCCCUUGCGUGCUGCCUAUCUCCACGGACCCUACACACUGCACGUCGCUGCGUACCCUUCCACAUUCAAUCCCAACAAAAAAGUCGAGUCUCCGAAGAGAGAUGGAGUGCCGGAAUUCGAGCCAAACCUCAAGGCAGGCGGCACAUGGACCGCCAGAUUGACAGUCCCGGAGAGCAUUCGCGAAGUCGGCGGAGGCAGACAGGUGCAGCCUAGGGAAGGAGAGCUGCCGAAGAGCGCAACCUGGAUCAUUGAGAUCGCGUCACAAAUUAUCUUCUCGCAGUCGGCUUCUGUGAGCUACGAGUUGCUGGUCGCGCGAGACGAACGGUCGUUGGAUCUGGGGUUCACAGCGGUUACUGGAAAUUCCCACGGAGCGCCCGGCCAGGUUCACGAUCACCAGCCUGGCAAACGUGCACAUACUUCGCAUCACAAUACACAACCAAAAGGCGUUUAUUCAAGAGCGGUCCGGUUAGUCGUUGAAGAUACCUCAAGCUUGUGGGAUAAGCCGCAGCUACCCGAAGAGAUUCGAGCGGAGACAACUGCACGUGAGGAUCAACAUGCUGGAGAAAGUUCGAAGGAUGCACAAGAGGAGACCAAAAAGAAGAAAAAGAAGAAGAUACAUCUCGUCAUUCUCACUCACGGAUUACACAGCAAUCUCGGUGCGGACAUGUUGUAUCUCAAGGAAAGCAUCGACGCAACUGCCAAACAGGCCAGAGAGGACCGGCGCCAGAGACGACGCGAAGAAGCGCAGGGCAAAGGCACGUCUACUGGAGACAAAACGGACACAUCCACUGCUCCCCUAUCCGGAGGUCAAGAGUCUGUCCCAGACGAAGGCGGUGAUGAAGAUGAGGAGGAAGUGGUAGUUAGGGGUUUCAGCGACAAUGUCAUCCGCACAGAACGAGGAAUACAGUAUCUCGGGAAACGAAUGGCCAAAUACGUGUUGGGAUUGACAUACCCUGAUCAGCCGUUCUUACCUCUGAAGAAAUCCAUGGGCAAGAAGAUAUCUACCACAUUUUCUCCUGUUAAGGACAAGGAUAAGGACAAGGCAGAUGAAGGCAUUCCCGCACACGCAGGCAGCAGUGUCAAACACCCAACGCAAGACCUUCCGGACAGAGCAUAUCAGUUCACGAGCAUAAGUUUUGUAGGACACUCUUUAGGUGGCCUGGUCCAGACUUACGCCAUCGCAUAUAUCCACAAGCACUCGCCACAAUUCUUCGAAAAUAUCAAGCCAAUCAACUUCAUUACGCUCGCCACUCCGUUCCUAGGACUCAGCAACGAAAACCCAAUGUAUGUCAAGUUCGCACUAGACUUCGGCCUCGUUGGUCGGACCGGACGGGACCUGGGAUUGACGUGGAGGGCGCCCACCAUAGCAAAGAGUGGAUGGACGGCGAUGGUGGGUGGGCUAGGGACUCAGGCGCAGAAGGACCAGAACCAGGGCGACCCUGGCGCAAAACCUCUACUGCGUAUAUUGCCAACAGGACCUGCGCAUCUGGUCCUCAGGAAGUUCCGCAACCGCACGGUGUAUUCCAACGUUGUCAACGAUGGCAUCGUGCCCCUGCGGACCAGUUGUCUUUUAUUCCUUGAUUGGAGGGGGCUCGGCCGAGUUGAAAAGGCGAGGAGAGAGAACGGACUCAUUGGGACCGUUGCAGGUUGGGGUUGGGGUCAGUUGACAGGUCAAAAUUCGUCUCCUAAUCCGUCAAGAGUCGGGUUAGCAGAAGACGAGGCUGAUCGAGGGGAGUCGCCGUCUUUCAGCGGCGACGAUACAGCAGUGCCGCAGCCCGGUGCAGACGUGACGAACCAGGACGUGGAAGCAUACACUACAGAACCCGAAUCCCAUCAAUUUCUGAAUGGUCAGAAGCAGGAUUCGGAUGGGAAAACUCUCACUGUCCCUGCACAAUCAAAUCAAUCAGCUCUCAUGACGCUUUGGGGGUACAUUCGACCUUCGGGAAAGCACACGGCGAAAGACAAGAAGAUGUUCAAGAGAAGCCAGACGAUUCAAAUGGACUCGCCCGAACCAAGCGCUGCCUCCAGCUCGGAGGUCUCACUGUCUAACGAUCCUGAAAGCUCCAGGAAAAGGCCGAUUGCCACGCGAGGAGACUCAAUCCUGGAUGAUCCAGCGAACGUUGCGGCGCCUCCUAAGACUACCAUUUUUGAGUCCGCGGGCGAUUUGCUUAGCCCUCCAGUGCCCCCAACUAAUUGGUUAAUCGACCCUUCAACGCGUGCACGAACGAUCUUUCAUGAUCGCAUUUAUCAUCCUGAGGAUAUACCUCCGCCUCCGGUCAAGCGUCCAAAGCCAGCCCGCUCGUUCUCGAGUGAGAAUAGUAUCGCGUCCAAUGCAUCAUCUGCGAGCAACUCUGAAGAAAGCGGCGUGCGUGUUGAAGAGAAGAUCGCUCGUGCUUACCAUCGAGACCUGUCAUGGCGAAAGGUUUUGGUUAGCCUAGAACCUGAUGCGCAUAAUAACAUUGUUGUUCGACGCAUGUUUGCUAACGCCUAUGGGUGGCCGGUGAUUAAGCAUCUCUGCGAUACCCAUUUCGCCGACACAUACGCUGCCGAAACUCGAGAUGAGCUUGAGCCGGCUCUUGAUCGCGCCAAGGGCAUGCAUGAACCAGUCAAGGAGGACGGCGAGCACGUGAAAGGUCAAAAUGAUUCACAUCCUCCCAUCGAACGUACUGAGAGUGAGCUUCGAGAAGUAGCCGACGAACUGUCACCCCUCCAGACCCGGGCACCAGCGAACAGACUACACACGGCCGACAGCACUCGAAGCACAGUUUCUGGACAGUGGGAUGAUUCCUACUUUGAAGUGACUUCGGACGACGAUGACGACGAACAUGAUGACCGAAACGCUUUCCAGAAGUUCCUCCAGCUUCAACCAGCGAGGAGUAGGGGCAGUUCACCCACAUCACCCAGUUUUACAAAGACACCUGAUGGCCAAGGCACGAGCGAGGCUGAGAUCGCGGAUUUUCUCUCUACAUCUCCCAUCAACGUAGAUGUCCAUCGUGGUCUGGGCGCUUCCCCAAAGAAACCACCAACCUCACCCCGCGAGCCUGAUGCCCUCGAGGCAAUGGGACGAAGGAAAUCCCAGACCCAUGCAGGAUCGGUCCCAGCAUCUCCACGGACGCCAGCCGGGCCAACGACUGGGCUUGGUUUGCGCACUACAUCUUUGGAGACAAACAUACCCGUUUCGCCAGGUGAAGGGCAUGCACAAAGUGGAAGCGGGGGUGGGAGCGUCGUGGAGCAGGUGACACGGAUGAGCUUGGGCAAAGAUCGUGCAGACGAAUGAUUCUGCGAUCUAUUCACAUGAGUAAUGUUAUAUGUUUUAUCUGAUUUUACAGGCGUUGGAUGGCAUAUUGUUCGCAACGAGGCGCGUUGGGAUUGGGGUUUUGGUGGCUGCACUCUCCUGCUAUAUACCCAGAGUAGAAUAUCUCGUUUUGUAUACAUC